GGCAUUCAUUCAUUCAUUCAUUCAUUCAGUCAAUCAUUUGCAGGCCUUGUAUCCAUCCCUACUGCUACCUUGGGCUAAACCUGGACCCCAGAAUUUAAAGUUGGGGAAGAGAAGGAGAGGGGGGUGUUGGUUGUCUGUGUUCCCCCUUCAGGGACUUGUGUGGUGCCUUCAUUUCCCUUAGAUAGCAAAGCUCUUAACCCUUUUCUCUCUCAUCUUGGGAACUAGGGGUGUAGAACUUCACACUUGUGCUGCCUGGGGCAUUCAUUGCUCUGCCUCUGAGGACUCUGCUCUUCCCCAAGAGGGAAGCAUUCAGGAGAGAAUGUUCCCUGUGAUCCCAACAGCCAGGUGCCAGGAAACAUUGACUUUCAAGGAUGUGGUGGUAGACUUCACCAGGGGAGAGUGGCAGCACCUGGACCCUGCUCAGAAGGACUUAUACAAAGAAGUGAUGCUGGACAAUUAUAAGAACCUGGUCUCCUUGGGGAUUCAGGUGUCUAAACCAGAUGUGAUCUUCCAGUUGGAAAGAGGAGAAUCACCAUCCAUGUUGGAGGGAAAGGACCCCAGUGAUCCCUGUCUAGAGUUCCUUAGUCAGAUGGCCAGGUAUGCAACAGCAGAGUCAACUGAAAAUCCAUCUUUUUCUCCAGAAGAGUCAUCUAAGGAGGGAGCUGAGACAGGUGGUUCCUGGGAAUAUGAAUUGGGAGAAGCCUGUGAACAGGAGGAUGUCAGAGUAGAACAAAAGAAUUCCGAUCAGGACAGACAAGCCAGUCAAGAGACAAGUGUGACCAGCGAAAUUUCUACUGAAUCUAUGUUAGGAAGUUGUUUCAGUCUGGAGUCAAUCCUUGUGCCACAAGAGGGGGUUCAUACUAGUCAAAGUCUUCAAGAGUGUGGUAUAUAUGGAAUGAACUUAGACCAGUAUUUAGACAUAGGGAACAUCUUUGGUGAGAAUAACCUUUUUAAUUUUAAUAUGUGCUCCAAUUUAUUCAGUUGCCCUUCAGAUUUUAUUUACUCUAAUGAAGAGCAUAGUGAAGAAAAAGGAUAUGAAUGUAAUGAGUGUGGGAAAUUCUUCACCAAUAAAAAAUCCCAUGAUAGUCAUCAGAGAAUUCAUACGGGAGAGAAAUCCUUUGAAUGUAAUCAGUGUGGGAAAUCGUUGAAGUGGAAGAGCUCUCUUAAUGUACAUGAGAGAAUUCAUACUGGAGAGCAACCCUUUGAAUGUGAUCAAUGUGAGAAAGCCUUCAGGCAAAGUUCUCACCUAACUGUACACCAGGCGAUUCAUACUGGAGAGAAACCUUUUGAAUGUAAUCAGUGUGGGGAAUUCUUCAGCCUCAGUGAGCAGCUUAUUGAACACAAGAAAAUUCAUGCUGGAGAGAAAUCUGUUGAAAAUAAUCAGUGUGAGAGUGCCAUCAGCCAAAUUUCUCAACUUACUCAACCUGAGAAAAUUCCUUCUGAAGAGAAACCCUUUGAAUGUCAUGAAUGUAAGAAAUCCUUCAGCCAGAGAAAGCAACUUAAUUCACAUAAAAGAAUUCAUACUGCUAAGAAAUCCUUUGAAUGUGGUCAAUGUGGAAAAGCAUUUAGCCGAAGCUCUAACCUUACUGUACAUCAGAGAGUUCACACUGGACCAAAAUCCUUUGAAUGCCAUGAAUGUCGAAAAUCCUUUAGCAGUACUGAGCAACUUAUUAAACAUAAGGAAACUCAUACUGGAAAGAAAUGUUUUGAAUGUAAUGAAUGUGGAAGAACUUUCCAACGAAGCUCUCACCUUACUGUACAUCAAAGAAUUCAUACUGGAGAGAAACCCUUUAAAUGUCAACAAUGUGAGAAAUCUUUCAGCCAGAAAGGGCAGCUUAGUACACACAUGAAAACUCAUACUGGAGAGAAACCCUUUGAAUGUAAUGUAUGUGGGAAAGCAUUUAGCCGAAGUUCUAACCUUACUGUGCAUCAGAGAAUUCAUACUGGAGAGAAACCCUUUGAAUGUCAUAAAUGUCACAAAUUCUUUACCCAGAGCAGGUCCCUUGCUGAGCACCAGAGAACUCACACUGGAGAGAAACCUUUUGAAUGCAAUGAAUGUGGAAAAACCUUCUGCCGUAGUGGGCAGCUUACUCUGCAUAAGAGAGUUCAUACUGGAGAAAAACCCUUUGAAUGUCAAGAAUGUGGAAAAUCCUUCAGCCAUAGUUGGAUUCUUAGUGGACAUAAGAAUAUACAUGCUGGAGAAAAACCCUUUAAAUGUCUUGAAUGUGGGAAAUCCUUUAGCUGGAGUGGAUCCCUUGCUAAACAUAAGAGAGUGCAUACAGGAGAGAAACUCUUCGAAUGUCAAGAUUGUGGGAAAUCCUUUAGCCAUAGUGGCCAGCUUCUCACACAUAAGAGAAUUCAUACUGGAGAGAAACCCUUUCACUGUCAGGAUUGUGGCAAAGCCUUUAGCUGCUGUUUUUACCUCACUGUACAUCAGAAAAGUCAUACUGGAGAGAGACCCUUUGUGUGUAGUGAUUGUGGGAAAUCAUUUAGCUGGAACCAAUCCCUUACUCUACAUAAGAGAAUCCACACUGGAGAGAAGCCUUUUCAAUGUAAUGAAUGUGGGGAAUCCUUUACCUGGAAGGGACAGCUUACUGAACACAAGAGAAUUCAUUCUGGAGAGAAACCAUUUGAAUGUCGUCGAUGUGGGAAAUCCUUCAGGCAGAGUUCUCAACUUACCCGACAUGAAAAAAUCCAUACUAAAUAGAAAACUUGUGAAUGUGACAAAUACAGAAAAUCUUUUACCUGGCAUAAGCUUUCUGAACAUAAGGGUAUUCAUAUUAUAGCAAAGAAAUCUUUAAUGUAUGCAUUCAAUGGAAAAAUCUCCAAUUUAAUUCUACAUGGGGAACUCAGCAUACUGAAUCGUUUUAAAUAUACUUAAUGUGACAGAUCCUUCUCUCAGAGUGGACAACUUAGCACAAAAGAGUUCAUACUGGAGAGGGAAAUUUCAAAUGUCAUAAAGGUGACAUUUCCUUUCCUGGAGCAGACAACUUACUGAACAUAAAGAGAAUUAAUUGAUACUGGGGCAAAGUAACCCUUUGAAGGCAAUGAGUGAUAGAAACCUUUGGCUAUAGUUCUUGUAACACGAUGCAUCAGAGAAUUCAUUCUGAAGAAAUACCUCUUGAACAAUGGAUGUAGAGAAUCCUUUACCUGCCUUAAACGAUGACGUACUGUAAGAAAACUCAUGCUGGAUCAAAGAAACCAUUUGAAUUUCACAACUGUGUAAAACCUUCACAUAGCCACAGCAUUUUGAAAGUUUCAGUUGCAAUCUAGUUCAUCCCACAUAGAGAAAAAUUCCGCUCUGACAUACCUGACAAAGUGAUUACCUGUUCUCUGACUAGAACACUUCCAUGGAGGAGGACUCUGCCAAUUCUUUAGGCAUUUAGGGGCAGCUAGGUGGUGCAGUGGAUAGAGCACUGGCCCUGAAGUCACGAGGACCUGAGUUCA